GACAAAGUGAUAAACAGUGUUACAGUAUGAAGCGAUAAGAGCAAAAUCCAAAAGCUGCGCGAAUAUCGUUUUUGUAAGACCUUAAACCGCCGGAAAAUAUGGCUGCUCCGACUGAUGGUUCGUAUAUAGCGAAAGAGAUGGAAAAGAACCUUUCCAAGCUAGCCAAGACAUUCACGGCGUCUCCAAUACAGCAGCUCUCCCUCCUCGCUCAACGCUGCAAUGCAAUCAACCUCGCCGAAGGCUUCCCCGACUUUCCUGCCCCUCCCAAUAUCAAAUCCGCCGCCGUCUCUGCCAUUAAUUCCGACUUCAACCAAUACAGACAUGUUCAAGGAGUUUGUGACAAUGUCGCGCACAUGAUGAAAGUUAUGCAUGGUCUGGAUGUAGAUUCUCAAACAGAUGUAGCUAUUUGUUGUGGACAAUCUGAGGCAUAUGCUGCAACAGUUUUUGCAUUAAUAGACAAGGGCGAUGAAGUUAUUCUAUUUGAUCCUUCUUACGAAAUAUAUGAAGCAUCUAUUCUCUUGGCUGGAGGAAUCCCAGUAUAUGUUCCACUUGAUCCACCUCAAUGGAGUUUGGACCCAGAAAAACUGACAAAGUCCUUCAGCAACAGAACAAAAGCUAUAGUACUGAACAGUCCCCACAAUCCAACAGGCAAAGUUUUCAACAAAACUGAGCUCGAUGUCAUUGCUGGAGCUUGUAUCAAGAACAAUUGCCUAGCAAUAACAGAUGAAGUUUAUGAACAUAUCAUAUUUGACGAGGAAAAACACAUAACAUUGGCUUCACUUCCAGGAAUGCAAAGCAGAACUGUCAUUACAUCUUCCUUGUCCAAAACCUAUUCUGUGACAGGUUGGAGAGUUGGAUGGGCAAUUGCACCAGCCUAUAUAGCAUCCGCAAUUAGAAAUAUGCAUAUAAGACUAACGGAUUCUGCUCCAGCCCCAUUUCAGGAAGCUGCAUUGACAGCUUUGCAAAGCCCAUUAAGUUACUAUGAAUCACUGAGGAAGGUUUAUGAAUCAAAAAGGGAUUAUGCAGUAAAACUACUGGAGGAUGUUGGAUUCGAGGUGAAAUUCAAGGUUCAGGGUUCAUUAUUUUUGUUUGUGGAGCUACCAGGGGAUUGUGUCAUGUCUGAUGUGGAAUUUAUCGAGAAACUAAUUGAAGAAGCGAGUGUGGUCGCGGUUCCUGGGUGUGGAUUCUUCCACAGAAACUCUUACUCGGAGAAAGUGUUGGCGGAUGGUGCUGGUGGUGAUUAUUCAUAUCAAGACAGAUACUUAAGGUUUGCUUUCUGCAAAAAAGACUCGACUUUGUUAGCUGCUAGAGAGAAAAUGGAAGCCUUGGUUGAUUCUUUAGGACACCUCAAGAUAUUCAAAUCUUCGAAGCCUAGUAGUAUUAUAUAGCGUGGGCAUGAUUCAUUUUUGUAUGUUUAUUGUUGUUGGAGUAUUCUGUAUUGUUUACAAUUAUUUAGAGAGAGAUGAGUUCAUUGAGCAUA